AUUCUUAUAGAGUAGCUCUCUAAUGAUUUGCUGCUUUAAAUCUGCAGUGAUCCAAAGUAUUAGAUAAUAAUUUUUAAUUGUGCAUAAAUUGAGUCCUAAGACUGUAUGCAGGUCUUUUGCCAUGUGCAGAAGCUUUAAGACUGUCAUUCUACGAGUUCAGAGAUCUUUUGUUUUCCUGUUUCUUAGGUCUUCACUUUAUUUCUAUUGAGGUUGGCAAGUCUCACUUCUCGUGUAUAUAAAUAUUGUACUGUAUUUAGUUCUAAUACCAUAUUUUGUUGUUUCUAGGACAUUUUUCUCCCAUAUUUUUAACAGCUCUGAAAUUAGUGCCUGUCCUGCAAUUUCUGGAAUGCCAUAAUUUGUCAGGUUUUUUUCCUUAGUAGUACAUCAAAUAAAGGAGUUUAUUAAAAUUGAUAUUAUCUUAGAUUAGGUGAAAUAUGGUGUUAACUUCUAGAUAGGGAUCUGUGUGUUUGUAAGAAUUGCUGUUGUGAGACAUCAGCAUGAAUUCUUAGGUGGUUGUCUUACCUUGACUUUACCUAGUCAGUAAGUUAAAUUGAAUUAAAGUGGCAGGGUGCAGUGGCUUACACCUGUAAUCCCAGCACUUUGGGAGGCCGAAGCGGGAGGAUCACUUGAGCCCAGGAGUUCAAGAGCAGCCUGGGUAACAGAGUGAGACUUUGUCUUUACAUAAAAAUAAAAAAGCUGGGCAUGGUGGUACAUGCCUGUGGUCCCAGUAAGGGAGGCUAAGGCAGGAGAUUGCUUUAACCCAAGAGAUUGAGGCUGCAGUGAGCCUUGAUCACACCACUGUACUCCAGCCUGGGUGACAGAGCAAGACCUUGUCUCAAAAAAAAAAGAAAAAAAAAGUAUAUUAGCAAAAUGUUAAAAACAGUCCCAAAUAGGAAGCAGUCUUGGUACGCAAUAGAGAGAGUUAUUGUUGUUAGGUAAAGUAAGGUAUCUAUUUAAUGGAAUAGUAUACAGUUUAAGAUGACACAAAGACUGUGUAGCGCAUAGAAAAAUUGAAGUAAAAUAAUUUUAUGCUAGUAUUGAUUACAAUUAUGUAAAAAAAAUUAAUUGGGAAAUAAUGUCAAUCAUAUUCAAGUGGUGAGAUCUUUCAUUAGGUAUUUUUAAAAUUAUAAGCAUAUUGCUUCUGAAAACAGAUUUUAAAGAAAGAUGUGUAACAAAUGCUUUCUUUUCUAUUUAUAUUGUUGGCUGUCUUCUUGGCUGUUUGCAUCAUAGGUAAACUAACAUUAUGGAUUUUUCCAAGCUACCCAAAAUACUCGAUGAAGAUAAAGAAAGCACAUUUGGUUAUGUGCAUGGGGUCUCAGGACCUGUGGUUACAGCCUGUGACAUGGCGGGUGCAGCCAUGUAUGAGCUGGUGAGAGUGGGCCACAGCGAAUUGGUUGGAGAGAUUAUUCGAUUGGAGGGUGACAUGGCUACUAUUCAGGUGUAUGAAGAAACUUCUGGUGUGUCUGUUGGAGAUCCUGUACUUCGCACUGGUAAACCCCUCUCUGUAGAGCUUGGUCCUGGCAUUAUGGGAGCCAUUUUUGAUGGUAUUCAAAGACCUUUGUCGGAUAUCAGCAGUCAGACCCAAAGCAUCUACAUCCCCAGAGGAGUAAACGUGUCUGCUCUUAGCAGAGAUAUCAAAUGGGACUUUACACCUUGCAAAAACCUACGGGUUGGUAGUCAUAUCACUGGCGGAGACAUUUAUGGAAUUGUCAGUGAGAACUCGCUUAUCAAACACAAAAUCAUGUUACCCCCCCGAAACAGAGGAACUGUAACUUACAUUGCUCCACCUGGGAAUUAUGAUACCUCUGAUGUUGUCUUGGAGCUUGAAUUUGAAGGUGUAAAAGAGAAGUUCACCAUGGUGCAAGUAUGGCCUGUACGUCAAGUUCGACCUGUCACUGAGAAGCUGCCAGCCAAUCAUCCUCUGUUGACUGGCCAGAGAGUCCUUGAUGCCCUUUUUCCGUGUGUCCAGGGAGGAACUACUGCUAUCCCUGGAGCCUUCGGCUGUGGAAAGACAGUGAUAUCACAGUCUCUAUCCAAGUAUUCUAACAGUGAUGUAAUCAUCUAUGUAGGAUGUGGUGAAAGAGGAAAUGAGAUGUCUGAAGUCCUCCGGGACUUCCCAGAGCUCACAAUGGAGGUUGAUGGUAAGGUAGAGUCAAUUAUGAAGAGGACAGCUUUGGUAGCCAAUACCUCCAAUAUGCCUGUUGCUGCUAGAGAAGCCUCUAUUUAUACUGGAAUCACACUGUCAGAGUACUUCCGUGACAUGGGCUAUCAUGUCAGUAUGAUGGCUGACUCUACCUCUAGAUGGGCUGAGGCCCUUAGAGAAAUCUCUGGUCGUUUAGCUGAAAUGCCUGCAGAUAGUGGAUAUCCAGCCUAUCUUGGUGCCCGUCUGGCCUCUUUUUAUGAACGAGCAGGCAGGGUGAAAUGUCUUGGAAAUCCUGAAAGAGAAGGGAGUGUCAGCAUUGUAGGAGCAGUUUCUCCACCUGGUGGUGAUUUUUCUGAUCCAGUUACAUCUGCCACUCUUGGUAUCGUUCAGGUGUUCUGGGGCUUAGAUAAGAAACUAGCUCAACGUAAGCAUUUCCCCUCUGUCAAUUGGCUCAUCAGCUACAGCAAGUAUAUGCGUGCCUUGGAUGAAUACUAUGACAAACACUUCACAGAGUUCGUUCCUCUGAGGACCAAAGCUAAGGAAAUUCUGCAGGAAGAAGAAGACCUGGCAGAAAUUGUACAGCUUGUGGGAAAGGCUUCUUUGGCAGAAACAGAUAAAAUCACUCUGGAGGUAGCAAAACUUAUCAAAGAUGAUUUCCUACAACAAAAUGGAUAUACUCCUUAUGACAGGUUCUGCCCAUUCUACAAGACAGUAGGGAUGCUGUCCAACAUGAUUGCAUUUUAUGAUAUGGCUCGUAGAGCUGUUGAAACCACUGCCCAGAGUGACAAUAAAAUCACAUGGUCCAUUAUUCGUGAGCACAUGGGAGACAUCCUCUAUAAACUUUCCUCCAUGAAAUUCAAGGAUCCACUGAAAGAUGGUGAGGCAAAGAUCAAAAGCGACUAUGCACAACUUCUUGAAGACAUGCAGAAUGCAUUCCGUAGCCUUGAAGAUUAGAAGCCUUGAAGAUUAGAACUGUGAUUUCCUUUUCCUCAGCAAGCUCCUAUGUGUAUAUUUUCCUGAAUUUCUCAUCUCAAACCCUUUGCUUCUUUAUUGUGCAGCUUUGAGACUAGUGCCUAUGUGUGUUAUUUGUUUCCCUGUUUUUUUGGUAGGUCUUAUAUAAAACAAACAUUCCUUUCUUCUAGUGUUGUGAAGGGCCUCCCUCUUCCUUUAUCUGAAGUGGUGAAUAUAGUAAAUAUACAUUAUGGUUACACUACUGUAAACUUGUAUGUAGGGUGAUGACCCUCUUUGUCCUAGGUGUACCCUUUCCUCAUCUCUAUUAAAUUGUAAACAGGACUACUGCAUGUACUCUCUUUGCAGUGAAUUUGGAAUGGAAGGCCAGGUUUCUAUAACUUUUGAACAGGUACUUUGUGAAAUGACUCAAUUUCUAUUGUGGUAAGCUCAUUGGCGGCUUAGCAUUUUGCAAAGGAAUUGCUUUGCAGGAAAUAUUUAAUUUUCAAAAACAUAAUGAUUAAUGUUCCAAUUAUGCAUCACUUCCCCCAGUAUAAAUCAGGAAUAUUUGUGAGAAACCAUUGGGAACUAUACUCUUUUUAUUUUUAUUUUUUAUUUAUUUUAUUAUUUUUUUGGGGGGACGGAGUGUCCCUCUUGUUGCCCAGGCUGGAGUGCAAUAGCGUGAUCUUGGCUCACUGCAGCCUUCGCCUCCCAGGUUCAAGUGAUUCUCCUGCCUCAGCUCCCGAGUAGCUGGGAUUACAGGCAUGCUCCACCAUGCCCAGCUAAUUUUGUAUUUUUAGUAGAAACGGGGUUUCACCAUAUUGGUCAGGCUGGUCUCAAACUCCAGACCUCAGGUGAUCCGCCCACCUCGGCCUCCCAAACUGCUGGGAUUACAGGCGUGAGCCACCGCGCCCGGCCAGGGACUAUACUCUUUUUAAAAUAGACAUUUGUGGGGCUGACACAAUAUAUGAAAUAGGAACCUCUAAAAAAGAGAAAAAAAGAAUCAGGUGGUCAAACUUAGAGCAACAUUGUCUUAUUAAAGCAUAGUUUAUUUCACUAGAAAAAAUUUAAUAUCAAGGACUAUUAUAUACUUCAUUACUAGGAAGUUCUUUUUAAAAUGACACUUAAAACAAUCACUGAAAACUUGAUCCACAUCACACCCUGUUUAUUUUCCUUAAACAUCUUGGAAGCCUAAGCUUCUGAGAAUCAUGUGGCAAGUGUGAUGGGCAGUAAAAUACCAGAGAAGAUGUUUAGUAGCAAUUAAAGGCUGUUUGCACCUUUAAGGACCAGCUGGGCUGUAGUGAUUCCUGGGGCCAGAGUGGCAUUAUGUUUUUACAGAAUAAUGACAUAUGUCACAUGUUUGCAUGUUUGUUUGCUUGUUGAAUUUUUGAACAGCCAGUUGACCAAUCAUAGAAAGUAUUACUUUCUUUCAUAUGGUUUUUGGUUCACUGGCUUAAGAGGUUUCUCAGAAUAUCUAUGGCCACAGCAGCAUACCAGUUUCCAUCCUAAUAGGAAUGAAAUUAAUUUUGUAUCUACUGAUAACAGAAUCUGGGUCACAUGAAAAAAAAAUCAUUUUAUCCAUCUUUUAAGUAUAUGUUUAAAAUAAUAAUUUAUGUGUCUGCAUAUUGCAGAACAGCUCUGAGAGCAACAGUUUCCCAUUAACUCUUUCUGACCAAUAGUGCUGGCACCGUUGCUUCCUCUUUGGGAAGAGGAAAGGGUGUGUGAACAUGGCUAACAAUCUUCAAAUACCCAAAUUGUGAUAGCAUAAAUAAAGUAUUUAUUUUAUGCCUCAGUAUAUUAUUAUUUAAUUUUUUAGGUAAUGCCUAUCUCUUGGUCUAUUAAGGAAAGAAGCAAUCAGUAGAGAAUUCAGGAUAGUUUUGUUUAAAUUCUUGCAGAUUACAUGUUUUUACAGUGGCCUGCUAUUGAGGAAAGGUAUUCUUCCAUACAACUUGUUUUAACCUUUGAGAACAUUGACAGAAAUUAUGCAAUGGUUUGUUGAGAUACGGACUUGAUGGUGCUGUUUAAUCAGUUUGCUUCCAAAGUGGCCUACUCAAGAGGCCCUAAGACUGGUAGAAAUUAAGAGGAUUUCAAAAACUUUCUAUUCCUUUCUUAAACCUACCAGCAAACUAGGAUUGUGAUAGCAAUGAAUGGUAUGAUGAAGAAAGUUUGACCAAAUUUGUUUUUUUGUUGUUGUUGUUGUUUUGAAUUUGAAAUCAUUCUUAUUCCCUUUAAGAAUGUUUAUGUAUGAGUGUGAAGAUGCUAGCGAACCUAUGCUCAGAUAUUCAUCGUAAGUCUCCCUUCACCUGUUACAGAGUUUCAGAUCGGUCACUGAUAGUAUGUAUUUCUUUAGUAAGAAUGUGUUAAAAUUACAAUGAUCUUUUAAAAAGAUGAUGCAGUUCUAUAUUUAUUGUGCUGUGUCUGGUCCUAAGUGGAGCCAAUUAAACAAGUUUCAUAUGUAUUUUUCCAGUGUUGAAUCUCACACACUGUACUUUGAAAAUUUCCUUCCAUCCUGAAUAACGAAUAGAAGAGGCCAUAUAUAUUGCCUCCUUAUCCUUGAGAUUUCACUACCUUUAUGUUAAAAGUUGUGUAUAAUUGUUAAAAUCUGUGAAAGAAUAAAAAGUGGAUUUAAAUUAA